GAUAGUAAUUUUAGAAAUAUUAGUUAGUAUUAAAAUAAUUCUUUAUAAAUUGUGAACGAAAAUGUUUUUGUAAACACUUUUUAUGAAUAAUAAAUCCCCAAAUUCAUGCACAUCAUAUCCCUAAAAAUGCUCAUAGUCAUAAUAUCUAUUUAUUUAAUUAGAUAUUAUUCUUUUAUUCUUUUUCAAUUAUUAAUAUAUUAUAGAAUAACUUAGUAUAGUGGAAUAUUGUUAUUAUACACAAGGAGAAUGUAACGUUCAAAAUCAAAUUGUGUUGAUGUACCGUAAUCGAUUAUUUGUCGGUAGUCGAUAAUUGUACUUGUUAGUGAGAACAACGUACUUUGAGUUCAACAUUUUAUACGAAAAUGUCAAUGCAUAUAAAUGACUAUUCAUUCGAAACAUUAUUAGGUCAAGGUACUUUUGGAUCCGUUUACCUAGUACGACGAAAGAAAGACUUGAAACCGUUCGUAAUAAAGGAACAAAUUUUAAAUGCUGCAAAUGCUUUACCUUUCAAGAAUAUAUUGGAAGAGGUACAAUGCUUAUAUAGAUUAAGGCAUCCAAAUAUAGUAGCUUAUUAUGGUGCUUGGAUAGAAAACAAUCACAGUUACAUUUUGAUGGAGUACGCGACGCGAUGCACCUUAAAGGAUUUAUUAGAAAAAUAUCAUUCACCUCUUAAAGAACAAGAUGCAUUGUACCUAUUUUCGCAAAUCGUUCUCGGAGUUCAUCAUAUUCAUUUUAAAAAAAUUCUUCACCGUGAUUUAAAGCCAGAGAACAUAAUGUUGACCGGAAGUCGCGGCGAUGUCGUCAAGAUUGGAGACUUUGGAGUGUCAAAGAAUUUUAAAGAGUUACACAAUCCAUUGACCGUGUGCCGCGCUGGAUCAUUUAAUUACAUGGCCCCAGAGAUGUUAAACGGACAAUCCUAUGAUUUCAAAUGUGACAUAUGGAGUAUGGGUAUUAUUCUUUACGAAAUGGUCACCAAAAGACAUCCGUUCCCUGCCACGACUCUGGAAGAGAUCACAAAAAUGAUAUGCACCGCAGAUCCGCAACCCCUUCACAGAGGAGCAUCAGAAUCUAUCGUGAAUAUAAUAUCAAAAAUGUUGAGAAAACAGCCGCGUUAUCGCCCAAAAACGGACCAAUUGGUCCUAUGUCCUUACCUGAUACCUUACAUCGUUCGAAUAUAUUUGAAUCUCGGUCGAAUACCGAACACUGCGAAACAAAAUAGUAGCAAUUUUGGUCCGGAAAUGUUUCUAAAAUUUUUAAGACCGCAAACAAUUCGGCUCGAUAUUUGAAUAGACAAUGCUACGGUUC